GUUACACUGCUGAUAAUGACUGGUACCCGAGCAGAGGACUGCAGGGAGGGAGAAUACUUACAUGAAGGUCACUGCUGCGUAUCUUGUCCAGCAGGUACUUAUGUUGCUCAGCACUGCAGUGCUCCGCAUGUGAGAGGAAGAUGCAUCCCUUGCACCGAAGGAGAGGGUUAUACUGCCCAUGAGAACGGCUUGGAAGAGUGCUUGUCAUGCAGACAAUGCAAAGAGGAUCAGAUAACUUUGAGACCCUGUACUCUGACGCAUGAUACUGAAUGCCAAUGUAAACAAGGGUAUUUCUGCCCUGCUGAGGGCUGUGAAAUAUGUCAAAGAUGCAGUACAAUAUGUCCGGAUGGAAAAGAAAUUGUGCAGAAUUGCAAUGCUACUACGGACCUAGGAUGUGGCUUACCCGAUCAAGCUGCUUCAACUGAUAAAGAUGCAGAAAAAGGUCUGGAGUGUGAGGACAGUACUGAAAGCCUCAUUUUACCAGAAGUGGAGACACCUGCAAAUAAGAUAGCCAACCCAGAGUGUGAGAACUCUGGUGACAGCCCAGAGGGCCAAGCGCAAACCAACGUUGACGUGGAAGUAAAAAACACAUUACCAGAGGAAAACGGUGUUGCACUUUCUGGGUGGGGCACCAUCCUGCGCAGGGGCUGGAGGAGGAUCGCCAAGCCUUCAUUACCAGCAAAAACUGGGCAGAAUUCUGCUUUUCAUCAGAAUGCCCUGUCUAACGCACGAAGUGGUAGGACGCUGGCAAAUCAUAUGGUACGAGAACCAAAAUAUCGAAUAAUUGUUAAAGAUCUCUCUCAAAAAGAACUGAGAGAUAGCUUUUGGGCCUUUAUAAAGGAAGUACCGCCGAAAAAAUGGAGGCAGCUUAUGACAACUCAUCUGAAGGAAAAUGUUAUUGUUAAAAUUACUUGUGACUUUCCUAAUGAUAUAGAAGAGCAAUCUUAUCAGAUGCUUCUCACCUGGAAAAACACAUUGGGAAAGAAACAAUCUAUUAUUAAGUUACUGGAUGAGUUAAGGUAUAUAGAUAGCAAGGCUUAUGAUAAUGUAUUGAACACUUUAAAAAGUAAUAACAUUAUAAGUAAAUUAGAAGCUACAGAUUAA